AUCAACCCAGAUGAUGCUACAACUGGAGCCUCUGAAGAGCUUCCCGUGAAACAACACAAAGGAGCCGCAGAGACGCCGCUUCGCUCCGGCUCGGCUCGGUUCGGUUCGGCGGUGCACACCGAUGUAGAGCGCGUGUCAUGAGUGACGCAGACCGGAGAGACGGACGCUGUUCCUGUGACACGAGUGGUUUCUGCAGCUAACGCGGGCCUGAAGGAGAAGAUGUGGCCUUCAUCUGUCAGUCUGUUCUGCUCUCAGAGAGAUCAAGCGAUGUAGCAGCAGCUGGACUCAACGACACAAUGAACCGGAGGAAGUCUCGGAGUCUCGGAGCUUCUUCUCCGCUCAACGGACUCGGAACACAAGAUGCAGAGUCCAGACGGAAGAGGAAGACGACGGAGAUCUGGCAGGUGCUGAAGACGAGGCCCGUGGACGUGGCCGCUCUGAGACGCAUGGCCAUCAGUGAAGGAGGUCUGCUGAACGACGAGAUCCGCCGGCAGGUGUGGCCCAGACUGCUCAACGUGUCUGAAGACGACAUACCUGAGCAGCUCGAGCCGGUGGAUCGAGACAAUAACAAGGACUUCACGCAGGUGCUUCUGGAUGUUCAGAGAUCCCUGCGGCGCUUCCCUCCAGGGAUGCCAGCCGAGCAGCGCGAAGGCCUUCAGGAGGAGCUGACCGAUAUUAUCCUGCGGGUGCUGGUCAAAAACCCACAGCUGCACUACUAUCAGGGAUACCAUGACAUCGUGGUGACCUUCCUGCUGGUGCUGGGGGAACGACUCGCCACUGCCCUGGUGGAGAAACUCUCCACUCACCACCUCAGGGACUUUAUGGACCCCACUAUGGACAACACCAAACACAUCCUGAACUACCUGAUGCCCAUCAUCGAGAGAGUCAACCCUGAAGUGUACGACUUCAUGCAGCAAGCCGAGGUGGGCACUAUUUUCGCGCUCAGCUGGCUCAUCACCUGGUUCGGACACGUGCUGUCAGAUUUCCGUCAUGUGGUUCGGUUGUAUGACUUCUUCCUGGCCUGCCAUCCGCUCAUGCCCAUCUACUUUGCUGCUGUGAUCGUGCUGCAUCGAGAGGAGGAGGUGUUGGACUGUGAGUGUGACAUGGCCAUGAUGCACCAUCUCCUGUCCCGCAUCCCACAGGACCUCCCGUACGAGACGCUGAUCAGCCGCGCCGGAGACCUGUUCGUCCAGUUCCCUCCGUCUGAGCUGGCCAGAGAGCGCAAUCAGCUGACGGCCGUCUCCACCUUCAAAGACUUCGAGCUGGCGUCGACACAGCAGCGUCCCGACACAGUGCUCCGGCAGAGACGGAAAGAGAUUCAGCAGCAGCAGAAGCGUGCUCUGGAGGCGCAGCGAGGGACCGUAGCAGUCGUCCAGCCCACGGCGCGCCGCUUCAUGCGUCUGGCGGUCAUGGGGUUGACCGUGGCGCUGGGGGCCGCCGCUCUAGCCGUGGUAAACUCUGCCCUGGAAUGGGCUCCGAAACUAGACUUGCUCUUCCCGUGAAGGAGCCCAACCACAGCGUCUCGGUUUGAAGAGUUAUUUGAGGACUGCAUAUUGUUAUUUUGCCUUUGUAAUUGUCAGACUAAUGAAUAAAAUAUCGUGCAGAUAGUUACUGUAAUUAAACAAGAUUAUUUUCCCCCCAUUGAAUGAGGUGAGGAUAUUGAGCAAAGUAUAUCACUUCCUUCAGGAGACGAUGAAAAUGUGUCCUGGAUGUACAGUGGAGGUACGUACACUUCACGUCUCGAAUAUGAAUCACGCUCUGAGCAAAUUUUUGUGAAAAUAGUUAACUUGAUUUUUGUCUUUCUCACAAAGAUGAAUUUUUGCUGAUUAUUUACUCACCCGAAGGCCAUCCGAGAUCAAGAUGGGUUUGUUUCUUCGUCAGAUUUGGAGAAAUGUAGCAUUGCAUCACUUGCUCACCAACGAAUCCAUUGAAGUGAAUGGGUGCCGUCAGAAUGAGAGUCCUUACAGCUGAUUAAAAACAUCACAAUAAUCCACACCUCUCCAGUCUUGUGAAGUAAAAAAAACUGUGUUUGUAAGAAACAAAUCUAUUAAGAUGUUUUUAACUUUUUUACUAACUUUUAACCGUUGCUUCCAGCUACAAUUCUAGUCCUCUAUUCAAAAUAUUGCUUUCUCCAGUGAAAAAAGUUGAAUUAGGAGAGAAAUAUGGACUCUCAGGAAUAUGGAACUUACGGAUUCAUAUUUUGGUCAGAAGCUGUUUUAAAGUUAAAAAAUUGCUGUGGAUUAUUGUGAUGUUUUUAAUCAGCUGUAUGGACUCUCAUUCUGACGGCACCCAUUCACUGCAGAGGAUCCAUUGGUGAGCAAGUGAUGUGAUGCUACAUUUCUCCAAAUCUGUUCUGAUGAAGAAACAAACUCAUCUACAUCUUGGAUGGAUUGAGGGUGAGUAGAAUUACAGCAAAUUUUCGAUUUGGGGUUACUAUUUCUUUCAAAAUUCAUGUACAUUAUGUGUUUAACAGUUUAUCAACCAUUUAGUUGUACAUUGCUCAUAAUACAAUUUUCAUCUAAACUGUCACACUAUGCAACAAUUUAAUGAUAGUUGGAAUUUUUCUUUUAAAAUUCAAACUGAAUGCAAACCAUUUCGUAAGAAUGUUUUUUUUUUUUUUUUUGAACUAAUAUUUUUGUAGCAUUUGAAAAAAAAAAAAAGUUUCCAUAUAUUGUCAAACCAAAUUCAAUAAUAAUUUGCACAAGUCUGCUUAUAUAAAAGUCCGUUGUAAAGCUUUUUUCCUUAAUGCGACAAUUUAUGUUUGAAAUUCGUGUACAAAAACAACAUUCAAACAAAAACAACCAUUCAAAAUAACAUUCAUAUGAAAAUCAACCAUUUCACAAGAGCUUUUUUAGAAAUGUAUUUUAGAAAUUUGCUCAACUUGUGGUUCAUGAUCGAGACAGCAUGUACUUUGCUACAUUAAAAAAAACGGAUAUAUCGAGACCAAAAUAUUUUUCGAGCCCUUGUUUGUAGGAUUGGAAAUUGAAUCUGGUUGAGGACCCCUUAUAAACAGAAUAUUAUUUUAUUAAGUGUAUGUAAAGUUAGGAAAGAAACGAUUUAUGAAAGCAUAUAACGACCGUCUUAUGUUCAUAGUUUUUAUGUUUUUAGAGGUUAUUUUUUCACUACAUUUCAGUUUUUCUCUCCGAAUCAUCUUAAUUACAGUAUGUAUGUGAUAAGCGCUGAUCUUAGAUCAUAACGUGCAAUUUUCACGAAUCUCAGCUGGAAUCGAAACCACUUCUGAAUAACUUUAGCUGAUAAACAAACUUGAGAUUUCUUGACUGUUGAUUGUGUAAUCGCUGAACGUGAAUUUGGUAGCUACACUAAUUGAUCUCCAGAUGGGUGUUGAAUCAUGGCACAUUGUUUUUUAUUGUUUAAAUGCUGAUCGUUUUCAUUAAACAUCAUCUUCUAAGCUUAGAGUAACAUUAAAGGCGAUAUUUUCCAGGACUCUAACACUGCUUGGUUUGAAAAUAUCCUUAAAUCAUGAUUUAUUGAAAUAACUCGUUGCCAUCCACACAGUACUACUGUUUAUGCUAUUAUUUUGCACUAAAGAACACGCUUCUUGCUUAUUUUUUUGCACUUUGAGAGAUUGUCUCUGAUUCGUUGAAGUUAAUGCGUCACGGUUGACCAUGUUGCUAAAUAUGUUUAAAUAAAAAGACCAGAUAAAUCCUG